CGUGUGGGACGUGACAGUGUAAAUCACCACUCUGCUGUCAUGCUACGCGAUUGUUCCAGUGUUUACUGUUAUAGUCAAAAUGUGUGUGUUAAACAAUAGCACAUUACAGGCUGUUGUCGGUUAUUCAUUCCGAGAUAAAGCGAGUCUCAAUGUGUAACGUGUGACAGCGGAGACCUUAAGAUCCCAGUGUUAAUUUGCUGCACUUCGUCCAUUUGAAAGUGAGGAGCCUACUGGUGCUGCCACACACACUUGCCGGCAGCAGCACGAGGCAGUUGAGCCGCCCGUGUUCAUAGGCCGUGAAGAAACACGAGACGUCAGUGGAGUUAAGGAAACGCACAUCCCUCCCCUACCCGCUGUUGGCAGCAGUGUAGUGCACGGGCGGUCUCCAGAGCGCCGCUCGCAGAAAGGGAACCUCGCCCGCUGGGAGAUAUCUGGACUUGGCGCGCGUCCCGCUGGGGUAAGCCGCCGACGCGUGACGCGGCUGCCGAUCGCUCCGUGUCCAGCUACACGUGCCGCUCGUCCGCUUCACAACGGACCGGUGCCACAUACGCUUGUCCUUAUCGACUGCUGCGGGUUAACGUAGCCUACGACGUCUCUGUAAUAUAGAACGAUGGAAUUAUUUGUGCUUACAGUGAAAGUGCUCGAUAUAUCGUAGGUCGACUCUACAGUGGGUGCAGUGGAAGUCGAGAGUGCCCGGAAUGAACUCGCCUUGGCAGAGGCCAUGGUGAAAGUGACGGUGAUCGAGGUGAAGCCAUGCAGCCCGGAGGAGUCGCCGCCGUGUGCAGAGGCGGAAGGCGGGCGUCCAAGCGGCGGGCCGGCCCUGGCGCGGAGGCACUCGCGGCGCCUGGCGUCGACGCGAGGACUCUCCUCCAACAGCGACUACCUCAGCAAGCGGCGCCAGCACGGCGCCCAGCCCGAGGACAGCGUCCGCCACAAGAUACACUUCUUCGAGCAGGAGGCGCGUGCGGGUCGCCCGUGCGUAGACAGUGAGGAGGAGUCUGGCAGCGGGACGCCGCAGGCAGUCGCCGACAGCACGCGCCCUGCGACCGACGCUCCGCGCGACCGCCGGCAGCAGAAGCAGCAGCAGCAGCAGUCAGAGGCCGGUCCCCGGGCCAGGACGACAGUCGAUGUGCACGUCGAUGUUCGGGUUUGCUCCACCGACGCCCGCCGGGUGUCUCCGGACGGCACGGAGAGCUGUCGAGAGCAGAACGAUCCUCAGCCGCCACUCAACAGCAGUCAGCCAGUCAGCGGAACAGACGCUGAAGAGCGGCGGCAGCGAGGCCGGCAGCGAUCCGGCGUGUCGGUGGGCGACGGCUGUGGCUGGGUACGGGUCUUCGUGGGCGACGACGACCGCGGCUCGCUCGUCUACCUGUCGCUCACCACCACCGCCGCUCACGUCGCGCAGGAGCUCGGCCUCGACGACGACCACACCAUCUGGCUGCAGUACGGCGGCGGCCCUCCGCGUCGGCUGCUAUCGGAGGAGUGCCCGCUGGGCGAGCAGGAGCGCUUUCUGCGGCGGCUGGGCUGGUGGGACGCGGGGCGGCGCGCGCGCCUCGGCAUCGACCCCUGGCUGCAGCACGCGCUGCGCUUCCGCACGGGGCCCGCCGCCUCGCCGUGCGCCGCCGGGCUGGCGCGCGCCGGCCCGCUGCUCGUGCUCAAGGGGCUCGUCUUCCCGCAGUGGCGCCGCCGACACGUCGCCCUACUCCCCGGCCGCCUCCUCAUCUUCCCCGCAACGGACGACGGCACUCCGGAACAGGUGGUGCUCUCUGGAGGCUCCGUGAGUGAACGACCCCUCAAGGCUGGCCGGCUGGUCCUCCGCGUGGAAGUGCCGCAGCUCGCGGCAGCACCCGAGGGCGCCGCCACCAGCACCGCCACUGUCAGGCACAUCUUCCUGGGUUUCGACACUCACGCCGACAGAGACCUCUGGCGGGAAUGGCUGGAACAGGCGACGGAGGAGGCGGCGCCGCCGUCACGGCUGGACGUGAGCGGCGGCGCGCUGGAGUCGCUGCCGGCGGCGCUGCUGUGCGGCGCGUCGCUGCUGGAGCUGGACGCGUCGCGCAACCGGCUGCGCGACCUGGAGGCGCUGUCCGCCGCCCCCUGCUGCCGCGGGCUGCGCGCCCUCUCGCUGGCGCACAACGCGCUGGCCGCGCUGCCGCCGCCGCUGCUGCACCUCGACCGGCUCGCGCUGCUCGACCUCUCCUCCAACUGCCUGCGGGACCUGCCCGACGGCCUGCGAGACCUCCAGCAACUUCAAGAGCUGCGACUCGACCGCAACCAGCUGGCGACCCUCCCAGCCUGCCUGUCUCAACUGCCGCGCUUGCGCGCGCUCUGGGCGGCGCACAACCUCCUCUCCGCCCUGCCGCCCUGGCUCUCCACCAUGCGCGCGCUCUCCCUCCUGGACGUGCAGGGCAACCGCGUGGAGGGCGUGGGCCGGUCCAGCGGUGGAGACGCGCUCCAGCAGCAGCAGCAGCUGGGCCGCCUGGUGCUCAGGGAGAACCUGCUCAAGGGCCGCAUCGUGCUCGCCGACUACGGGAACUUGACACAACUGGAUGUAAGUGAAAAUAAUAUUGAGACACUUGACCUCAGUGCUCUUAGCAAACUGGAAAAUGUGCAGUGCUCUAGGAAUCAGUUGGUGGAAUUGACAGUGAAUGGAAAAUCACUUACUUCAUUGAUUGCAGGGAAUAAUGCAUUGCAUAAGCUGACAAUAAGUCCACCACCGGUUCACCUGAUGCACUUGGAUGUUUCAUAUAAUGAGCUGGAGAUGUUGCCAAACUGGAUACCAGGCUGUAGCAAGCUGCGGGCUCUGUUUGCAAGCCAUAACAAACUGCACUCGUUGCCUGAGCAUAUGUUCUGCAGUGACCUCACAAGUCUACAGACGCUGCAGCUGAGUUACAAUCAACUGUCUUCACUGCCCAGUGUUAUUGGACAUCUCCAAUUGCAGGAGCUCUUUCUUCAGAGCAACAGCAUUGCUAUGCUGCCUUCAAAUUUCUUUAUGGCCUUAUCUAGACUGAGGGUAUUAAACAUAUCCAACAACAGGUUGUGUGAACUUCCAUCUGCUCUAAAGCUUUCUGACAAUCAAGUUUAUGAGAUGGAGAAACUUUAUCUCACUGCUAACUGCCUUACUGACAAUUCACUUGAAAUUAUUGCCAAGUUCAUAAAUUUACGAAUACUUCAUGCAGCUUACAAUUGUCUGACCCGACUCCCUGAAAGCUGUAUAUCUGCGUGGAAAGACUUGGAAGAACUGAUUCUCUCAGGCAAUAAGUUGCAGUACCUGCCAGACAACAUCACUCAACUAGAACAUUUAAGAGUUUUAAGAGUUCACUCUAAUAGAUUAUAUACAAGCCCCUGUUUUGCAAAGAUGAGCUCAUUGAAGGUUUUGGAUUUGGCACACAAUCAACUUGACAGAAUAAAUCUAGCAACACUAGUCCCAAACCAGCUGCAGUUUUUGGAUCUCUCGUGUAAUUCCAGGCUUUACGUAGAUCCACGUCAGUUUCAAGUGUACAGGACUCAGAGGCCAAUGAGUCUUGUUGAUGUGUCUGGACACAACAGAACUAGUCUUCCCUCCACUCCCUAUAAUGAAGGGAAUGGAGAACUUGAUCCUCCAUGGAAAAUAGGUUUCUCUGAAGCAGCAGGGAGUCGAGAAAGACUUUACAUAAGUCAGAUUCGACUACCGGCAUUCUGCAAUACUGAGGGACUAUUUGGAAUGUUUGAUGGAGGAAAUACUAAUGAGUUACCAGUUAUUCUAACCAAAGCAGUGCCACGAAUAUUACUGGAGGAAAGAACUGUUAAAGAAACUGCAAAUGAAUAUAUGAAAUACACAAUGUUGUCUGCACACCGUGAACUGAAAGAAAAGGGGCAGAAGAAUGGUGUUUGUGCUACACUCUGUCAUAUCACCAAAAUGAGGGGAAACUCUAAUCAAAGCGGAAACGGAUUCAUACCAAGUAACACCCGAUAUGUCAUGAGAGUUGCUAGUGUUGGGGAGGCUAAAGCAGUGCUUUGUAGACAGUCUGAAGGAAUUGUACUUGCACAGAAAGAAAAAUCUAAAGCUACUGGUAAUCCAAAUAACACAAAACAGCGUAGUCAACUGGGCUGCAGUGCUAUGUAUCCAUUGGUAAUUCCUGAUCCAUGUAUUAGUGAAAUUGUACUGGAAGAGCAUGAUGAAUUUCUGAUCAUUGCUAACAAGGGUUUCUGGGAAGUUAUCAGUGUUUCUGAAGCAGUUGAAGAGGUGCGGCACGUCAGCAAUGCCAUCUUAGCUGCCAAAAAGCUCCAGGAUAUGGCUCAGAGCUAUGGAUGUGAUGAAAACAUAAGCAUAAUUGUUGUACGUUUCUAUAAUCUUGGAUCUGACAUGGACCAUUUGAUGAGGGAACUCAGGCAUACUAUUGGUAAAACAAAGCAGCGGUUUUCAGUUGACAGUGACAAUGAUGUGCCAGUGCAUACUUCAUGUCAGAGAACACUAUGCAGGUCACAGGCAGCAGACACAGGUUGUUGCUGUUGUCAAAGUGUUCCAGACCAUUUCUAUGGCACUGAGUGUAACUUGCGGUAUGUAAACAAUGUAAAUAAUGAAUGCACUGACUCUCAUAUUCUACCUGAAACAGACAGAUCUUCACCCAGUGGGCAAAGUGAUCAUGCUAACAGUGACUAUGUGGGAAGAAAAGUGAGUGUUGCAGAGGGACGAGAUGCAGCACGCUACACACAGCAGUGGAACAGUGGUGUUAAUCGAACUAUGCCAUUUUCAAAGGGAAAAUUUCAGAAUACUGUGCCACAUCAACAGUCUGUUCUGAUGCAUGAAAAUGGUACAAAGAAAAUUUCUGCAGUGGGUCCUACUAUAGAAAGGAGGAGCUAUAGGGACAGCAGAAGGAGUAAUAGUGGUGUUCUCAAAGCAAUCCGUGCCAAAGUUGACAUGUAUUCCAAUGGUCAUCUUGCCGAUGGUGAGGAAGAUGAGACAAGUUCUGAAAAAUCAGGCACACAACUUUCUGAAGAACAGUUCAAGUGCUGGGAAUACAUGCUUGAACAAAACACUCAACUACUUUUUGACAAAGAACUUGACACACUUUCUCGUGGUUUUGUUAGAAACUGUGGACUAAGGGCUGCCAGUUCAGCUACAUUGCUAGAUCCUUCCUGGCCACAGCAUGCAACAUCCUCAUUUUGCCAAGGUAAAGGUCUUUCUCACAGCAGUCCUCAUCUCUCUGAUAGUGCUGCUCCUUCUGGAUCUAUUGCUCCAUUCCUGUCUCGACAUUUUGGUAGUGCUAGAUCUUUUAACCCUAUCAGUAGGUCAAAUAGGUUUGGAUCGUGUAGACAAACAUUAAAUGGGGGACCAAAUGCUGCUUAUUUUGGCAGCUUACAGAGACUAAUGCCAUAUAAUCUAGAAUAUAACUUCGCUGUUAUCCAGGAACGAGGUGCAAAUCAGGACUCAUUGGAAACAGACAGCCGCAUGCAGAAGUACUGGGAUGUAGCAACUACUGAGUUGUAGCUGUAAAAGACUGAAUUAAAAAUUUCCUUAAGAUAAGUGUUACCAUUCAUAUAAUGUAACAACAGGUAGGGUUUUGUAAAUAUUAGUAAUCUGUACAAAAAAUAAUUUUGUAAAAUAAUAAUGUCAAAAUAAAUGCUUUCAUAGAAAUUUCUUGUGAUAUAAGCCUUUACUGACUAAGUGUAAAAUACAUUGAAAUUUCUGAUAAAUAUAAAUUAUCUUCAUCAUUA